AUGGCGACACGUCCUCCAACUUUGAGCGAGAUUCUUCUCGAUGUCUCUCCACCACCGUGGACUCUCAGUGCCUUCAUGGCCUACCUAUCGCAGAACCAUUGCAUGGAGACGUUGGAGUUCACUCUCGACUCUCAACGAUAUGCCGCUUUCUACGAACAGCUUUCCGAAACGGGUUCCCCCUCGCGUGAAAAUAAUGCUCGCGUUUCUGGAUGGUGGGACAGGCUCAUGCAGGUAUACAUUGUUCCAUGCGCGCCACGGGAAAUCAACCUUCCUGCUCGUGUUAGAGACCGGCUUUUGAGUCUGCCUUGCGGUCCAACCCCUCCCCAUCCAGCUGGAUUGGAAGAAGCUGGCCGUAUUAUAUACGAUCUCAUGAACGACUCUCUCCUUGUUCCAUUCCUGCAGUCAGUCGCGCCAACCCCUCAGAUAUGCCAGAACGAGGAACUCGCUCAGGAUCAUCGUCGUCGAUCUCGACACCUUGGUCUUCAGGCCGAUCAGCCAAGACGCUCAGCCGCCUCGCCGCACUCGGAUUUUGACAGCCUAACGGACGACAGCGAUAGUAAUUCACCUUUUUCUUCGGAGCCCAUGACGCCUCCGACUACUCCUCCUACUUCGGAGUAUAUUUUUAAUACUUCCCCUGGUGGGUUUCAGCGGGCCGUGGCUGCGCAUAGUAAAGGCUGGAAAAAGGUCGGUCAAAAGCUAGGUUUCAGCCGAAAGGCAACCAGUCGGCCUACUCCGACCUCUUCUUCAGCCUCCGAUCACGACACAGGGUCCGGAGAGUGA